UAAACGUACUUUCCCCGCGAUAUAUGAACCCUCUGAACUUCUUUGCAAAAGCGAUAUAUUUUAUUGCUGCUCCCGCUUAUUGGGCUUAUCGGGCUCUUUUGGCUCUAUACGCUGUACGAAAGUACCAUGAAUUUAUGGGACUUUUCAAGUGAACGGAGUAAGUCACGAAGUGCGCGCAGAAUAAAUCGCAGAUAAAGAAGCUGUUCCAUCGACCACUUGAAAUCCUCCUGGAUUUGAAAUUCUAAUGAAAAUUUAAUUGCAAACGGAGCUCUCAUUAGAGCAGUCUUUUUCAUCGCGAGCGAUAUUUCGGUAGAACGAACCAAUAUAAGCGCCGACAGACAGAGGCAAAGAGAAAAUCGAUACGACAUCCUUGUAAAGAACUGCGAUCCACUCGCAACUCGCCCCCCGAUUCCCGAUCUCGAAAGGGUCAGAUUUCGUGCGAGAUACAACCAUGUACAUUUACGCCUUGCCUGUAAACCGCAAACCUCCUCUACCACGUGCGCGGUGUCACGGACUAGCUCUAACGACAAACGAUAGCAAACAGGGAGAGCUGCCUUAUCUCGAUUCUUUUGAAAAUUGGCAUCUUCGCGACAAACGCUGGGGAGAAUCAGGAGAGAAUGGGAGGAAAUCCCUUGCCACGCAGAUUCCUCUGUCACUCUUUUAAUUACGUAUCUCAAAUCUUUCUUCUCAGCAAAUCUGUAAAUUCUGCCGAUAUCAAGACAAUCGCAAUUGUUCCGAUCCGUACGAGCAAAUUCGUUCCCACCGCUCGAAUAUAAUACCAUAAGCAAGUCCUCGCAUCAGACCGGAGGUGUAUUAACCGGCGCGAAUCCGCAGGAUCGAGCGGGUUUAAGCCGAAAAAGCGUACACCCGCAGCAUAGUCCACGGUUGGCUACCCUCGCGGCUGAUACAAAUGUCACGGUGGGCCACCGGCCGGACGGGGUUGCAAAACGUGGAUCAGGGAUGGCGCCACCGUGACAGCAACCACCCCUAACUGAAGGCGAAGCCUUCAGCCAAACCACCCCCGUAAAGCAGUCCGCCACCGGGGGGUUUGGACAGCCGCCAUUUCUACCUAACUCCGCAGUAGCUAUAUCCCACGCUUUAAUGCCAAUGAAAUGUCAAGGCACGUCGCGCGUUAUAGACCCGCCGACGGUGUCGGACUGCUCGGCUCGAGUUUGACAAGCUCGCGGAUCGUCGCGUACUGGCGGUUCCUCGCGGUGGGGUGGAUCGCGGUUGCGAUCCCGGCAGUGGUGUCGCACGGAGUUCUGCUCGCGAUUGUGCUCGGAGGGUCAGGAACGCCCGCGUCAUACACGGCUUGGCUCAGCCACGCCGAUUAACUGGCACACACACACACACACACACACACACACACACUCUCCUGCUUGUUCCUGCUGGUGUUGCUUCCUGGAUGUCACGCGUUCGCGCGUCCCGCGCGCUAUCGAUCAUCAGCCAUCCGGAUAGAGCACCGGAGUCUCUGGCCUGUGUUCGCGCGAAGUUGCGUGCUUACGAAACGGCAGAAGACGGCAGGCGACCAACUCGGGCCACGUUGCUCCAAUUUCGGCGUGUUGACACGGCGGCGAUCGGAUUCCCCAGGCUGGCGGACGCUCGGCCGACCCUCUGCCGGUAGUCAUUGAUGCGGCUUGGAUAACCGCGAGCGGUACACGCGAGCCGGUUCUCAUUCACCGCGAAACGAGUGCUCGGCUAUUGGCGCAACGCCGUCUACCGAAGGCGUUUAGGCUUCACCCUCGUUGACGUACAUCCUUAACCUUGACGCACGCGACGGACGGUCCAGCGGCGAAGGUAAAGUCCUCGUCCGAGGCCGAGGAGCGAAGCCACGAGGCGACGAUCAAGUGCCACACGAAUACUGGCUGAACAGAGAGAGCCCCUCAUCAAAGUCGCCUAUGCCUCGAAAGACGGUCAGGUAAAAGAACUCGUUCGUCGGAGACCGCCGCCGAAUCGGUUCGCGAUGAGCGAGCAGGAUGUCGAUGACGUUGCCUUUCUGACAGCUAGCGACAGAGAUGUAAGGCAAGAGCGGACGCGUAGCUACGAGCGCGAUGGGUUCACCAUUGUGUGUUCUCGAGGAAGGGCAGUCUGCUUCGUCUUGUCCUGCCUCUUCACGGUCCUAGGCGUUGCGAUUAUUAUUGCCUUCGCCAGGCCAGCAAAUGUCUGCCCUUGCGAGGAGAAAAAGAUGGACAGUGCGGAAAUAAGUAAAAAAAGCACCUUGCUUCUAUCGACCACAAACGAGGUGUUUCCAUGGAACAGCAUACGAUUACCCACAUUUGCACAUCCUAUUAGGUAUAAUAUUUCCAUCCAUCCGAAUCUCACCACCUCGAGAGUUCGAGGGCAAGUUACAAUCGAACUGUAUAUCGAUGAAGACACCAAAUAUAUCGUCUUCCAUAGUAGCGGCUUGAUAAUAACUGAAAAAAGAGUGAAAUUUCAGAUGGUCCAAGAGCAGCGUAAAGCCUCAAAGUUAAAAAUCGCCAAGUUUCUGGAGUACCCAGCACGCGAACAGGUGUAUCUAGAAUUGGAGAGUACUUUCCGCAGGAGAACAAACUACACGUUGCAUCUGAGAUUCGCCUCGAAGCUGUCCAACGAGCUGGACGGGUUCUAUCUCAGCAGCUACAGCACACCCACGGGAGAGACAAGGCACGUGGCCGCGACUCACUUCGAGCCGACAUUCGCACGCACCGCCUUCCCGUGCUUCGACGAGCCGCAAUUCAAAGCCAAAUUCAAGGUGUCGAUAUACAGGGACCGAUUCCACAUCGCGUUAUGCAACAUGCCCGUGAUAAAUACCGACGAGGCUGGGUUUUAUCUGGGCUCGAGCAUCAAAAACAUUACUCCUCAGCUACGGGACGACUUCCAGGAGUCCGUGGAUAUGUCGACGUACUUGGUGGCCUUUGUAGUGUGCGAUUUUAAACCAGUUACCUCGAAGAACAGGGGAAACAUACACGUGUACGUCGCGGAGCACCUGCUUCCGCAGGCGGUGUAUGCCGCGGACGCCGCUGCCGAUAUCAUGGCUUACUUUGAAUCUUACUUCGGCAUAUCUUACCCAUUGCCAAAGCAAGAUCUAAUAGCAAUUCCCAACUUUGCGUCCGGUGCUAUGGAAAAUUGGGGCCUAAUCACUUUCCGAGAAGUGGCGAUACUGCUUGACCCGCAAGAAACGUCUCUCGAAGCGAGGGAGGGCAUAGCCGUCACCAUAGCCCACGAAUUGGCGCACCAAUGGUUCGGCAAUCUCGUCACGAUGAAAUGGUGGAACGACAUCUGGCUGAACGAAGGAGCGGCCAGUUUCUUCGAGUACAAGGGUGUGCACAGCUUCUCGCCCGAGUGGAACAUAAUGGACACGUUCAUCAUCUACAAAACGCAGCCGGCGCUCCGCCUCGACGCUCUGUCCAACAGCCAUCCGAUAAACGUGUCCGUCGAGGAUCCUAGCGAGAUAGAGAGUAUUUUCGACGAAAUCAGCUAUUACAAAGGCAGCGCCAUUCUCUACAUGCUGGAGAGGUUCAUGGGCGAAGACGUUUUUAAAACCGGACUAAACGACUAUCUGAGUCUACAUUCUUACAAAAGCGCAGACACCGACGAUCUGUGGGCAGCUUUCUCGAGGAGCAUGAACAACACGCACGACAUAAAGGCGGUAAUGGGCACUUGGACACAGCAGAUGGGCUUUCCGCUUAUAAUCGUCACUCGCGAUGGCGACACGAUCAAGUUAUCUCAGAAAAGAUUCCUCAUGACACCGCCGAAAAACGAAACCGAAGCUUUACUGCCCAAAUCACCAUUCGACUACAGGUGGUACGUCCCGGUGACCUUCUACACAGACAAACAACCGGACGAGAUUCGCAAAGUGUGGUUGAACAUGACCACUGUCGAGAUAUGGGACAUGUCGCCGUACGAAGUCAAGUACAUCAAGUGCAACGUCAACCAAACCGGCUUCUAUCGAGUUAACUACACGGAGGAAAUGUGGGCGGAGAUCAUUGAUACGUUGCACAAGAAUCACACAGUGUUCAGCCCGGCAGAUCGGGCAAAUCUCAUCGACGACGCUUUCACGCUCAACGAGGCUGGUAUGCUGGACAUCGCGAUCCCGUUGAAUCUCUCGUCUUACCUUAUCUACGAGAGAGACUACGUGCCGUGGCAUACCGCGCAAGAGUUCCUGCACUCUUGGAGGAAGAAGCUGUACGAGCAUACCGUGUAUAAGAAGUUUAGCGCAUUCUUCAAAUAUCUGCUACGGCCGGUCAUAAAAGACGUCGGCUGGAGCAACGAAGGACCUCACAUGAAAAAAUUUCUAAGAAAUUCGGUGAUGAAAUCCGCUGUCGCCCUAGGAAUGGAUAGUCAGUUGCACCCCGCGAAAGGUCUCUUCGACAGGUGGACGAUAAUGGACACGCUUAUCCCGCCCGACAUGCGAGACGUCGUUUACGCGACAGGUAUCAGAUACGGCGGCGAGGAAGCGUGGUCUCGUUGCUGGGAUAUUUAUCAGAAGACAGAAGUGUCCAGUGAGAGACAGAUACUGUUGCAAGCCUUGGGAGCGACGACGGACAGCUGGCUGCUUCAACGCUAUCUCUUACUGUCGCUGAACCAAGAUCUGAUCAGAGCGCAAGACAUCGGGACCGUCGUAUGGUCCGUCGCCUCCAAUGAAAACGGCCGUCAUCUCGCUUGGCGCCACAUCAAAGCCUAUUGGCCGAAUAUCCAGAUCCUCUUCGGAAACGUGUCCGUCGCGAUGAGUGGACUAAUAACCGACGUUGUUCCCUUCUUCAACACGGAAUAUGAUUACCGCGAGAUCUCGGAGUUUUUCAAGCACGUCGAGGUUGGCAGCGGUAUGCGCACAUUGAGACAGAGCUUAGAAAAGAUAAAGUCCAACAUACAGUGGGUGAAGCGCGACGGAGAUUGCAUAGACGCAGUGCUCAGCAAUAUUCCGCAAGAUGACGAUGACUAUAACAUGAGAUGAAGCUGAAGCAUUCGGUCGUUACGGCGCUACGGUUAUUUUUUCUACAAUUUUUAUUCGUACGCAAUACUCCGGAAAGGUACGUGAUACAGCCUACAAGGAGAAAGGAAAAGAAGAGACGAGGAAGAAGAGCGAAACCUCUGGUAUAUUAAUUCAGGGAGCGAAAAAAGAAUCUCACAUCCAUUAUCUAGAUGUAAAUUCGCAGAUCAAAAGACAUCUCUAUUUCCGUCACUCCCGUUGGGAGACCGUAUCUCCAUCAAGCGAAGCGUUGACUUUAAAGGACGACGAGGAUCCUUGGACGAGGACAAAUCGUAUUCCCACUUCUCCCCCCCUCCUCUCUCUCUCUCUGUCUCUCCCUCUUCCUUUUCUCUUUCUCUCUCCCUAUCUGUACAAAAUUCAUUAUCAUAGGUCGCUUGCCAGGAAAGGUCUCUCGACGCACACAGACGAAAAGCCGAACUGUUUGUAUGUAAUACAUUAUACACCGAUUUAUACGCACUUUCGAAAGUAUCUAUUUAUUUAAUAAAUACGUGCAUGCAGUGCGUGCCGAUCGGAUCAUUAAGUGUAAAGAGAGAUAACGAGGGCAGACACAUCGUUGUUCCUAGGAUAGUAGUUGACGUUCGACUAGCAAGGCUAAUGACACACGCCUAUCGAUCCUGAAAGCUUUAGUCUCCCGAGUUCAAUGUACUUUAUUACAACGAGGAACGACGAUAAUCACCUCUCUCCACGUGAUACGUUUAUGCCACAUCCCUGGAGUCAUUGAGUAAGUUGUCAUUUUAACGGAAAGGGCCGAGCUUGCGCGACAAAUUCGUCAUAGAAGAGAGCGCUAAUUACACCGUUUGAAAAAUACAUGAUUAGUGCGUAUAUCACUUAAACGAUAGGUCAUUGGUGGCGUUCAUAGAGAUAAUACUGUCGCGAUCAUGAUAAUUAUAAUAACAUUAAGAUGAGACAAUGACAUUACAUGAUAAUACAUCGUGGUGAUGUCAUUGCGUGUCGUGAUAAUAUUAUUAGCAUGAUUGCACGAGCGAUCGUCCCGCAACCGCGACGUCGGGCAAGAUAUGUUCGCGAGUGACGAGCGACGGCUUCGAAUAUGCAUUUGUAAAUAUCAUAUAUUUUAUAUAGCUGUAUACGCUAAUAUAGGAAAUUAGUAUAUAUGAUUACUAAUCAUUUACAAAUGCAUAAACUGUGAUCACAAUUAACGAGGACACAAUGAGAACUCCACGUUGCUCGUGAACAUCUUUCCCCGACACUGUUCCACACAAGUUUAAGUAGCAUAUCAAUAUAUACGGCAAAGAAGCGUGAUACGCUAAAUUGCUCGGGUCUGUGCCUGUGUCUCACAAGCACCGUCCAGAGAGAAACGAAAUAAGAGACGGCGUUAGAGGACUCGGUCGCAAGGCUACAUGGAUACAUGUCAGAUUAAUCGUAAACAAAGGAAAAAAAGGGAAAGGAAAGAGAGAAAAGAGAUCGAUGUGUGUGUGUUGUGUGUGUGUGUGUGUGUAUGUGUGUUUGUCGCGUAUUCGUGUUUGCUAGAGAUCGCUGAAGGCGCGGGAUACGUCUCGCGUGGAAUUGAUUGUUCUCCACGCGAAGUAGCAUAAAAAUAAAGAGAGAAGUGGAUAUUUUAUUAUGAGAAAGUAAAUAAAAUUUAUAUAACCUCUCGUGACGCUUUAUAUAGUGUGUAUGUAUUAGCGUAAGAGAGAGACGUGUGCCGUGUUCGUUCGACUACUUUAUAACGGAUCGAGAUCGCUGAUGUAUGUGUGCGUAAAACGCGUCAACGCUGAACUUAUCUUAGACCUCGUGUACGUCGUCGUUUCCGAAUGUUGCAUUUAUCCCCGAACACAAUAGAAAGAACACAAUAUCGAUAAGUAAUAGUCGCGAGCUCUAAAAGCCACGAAGCAACUAAGUUCCCGUUAUACUUUGGUACUAAUCCGUUUAUCGUUUCAUCACGAUCGUACAGUUAACCGUAUGGACAAUAAGCGCCCGAAGAUGGUGAGAUAUAUUAACGAAUACUUGAUUAUUAUAUUAAGCGUAUUGCGUUACGUACGUUAGUUGUCUCAACGAUACGGAUUGUUUUAACCUCCUAAGAUUAAGGCUUAGAAAAUUAGGUGUCCGUCGUGUGCGAAUGCGACGCGACACGCGCGUCCACGAAGACGAAUAGUUAAAACGUUAAGUACGUAGGAUUAGGCGCGAAAGGUCUGCGAAGUGUCUAAUAAUUAUAUAGGGAGACCAAAGCCAAUUGCGAAACAAGUCCCUGCCCCGACCGACGGAAGGAAGGAAGAGAAAGCAAGAAAAAAAAAAAAGAAAAAAGAGAGAAAAACUUCGAAUUGUAUCCGCGAACGUUCGUGUGUACGUCCGUUCUAUUUUUUACUUUACAAAUACUUCUUGUCACUGUCGAAACUCAGCGGUUAGUCGUGUAACUUAGCGUUAAAUUCGCAUCCUCUCGUGAAUAUCCAGUUAAAAGUGAAGCACUCGUUAAUUAAACGUAACACAUUAUUCGACGAGCGCGUGGAACGCGACGUGGUGCUUCGAUACUUUCUCGCCACGAGACUCUCUACUGCCGUUUAAGCUUGCCAUUAACGAUACCCCUUGAUGGCAUUAUCUCUUAAAUAGUUAAGGCUUAUCAUUAGCAUCCUUCCCUUAUUGGAUCGCUCUAUUUGAUCGAUAAUUUUUGCGCGCGUGUUCGUCGUGUCUGCAUGGUUCGCACACCAAGCAAACCAAACGUCACACAGAUACAAAUGUAUACACGCGCGCGUACGCACAUAAUUUCUCGCACACGGAGAAGAGUCGGUAAA